CUGAUCCCACUGUUGGCGGAUCGAUGAAAAGAGAUAGCGCUGUGAAAACAUUGCAUUUGAAACGGGACGAAAAAUGCAAGUGCUCCAGAAUAGGGGAUCAGUGCCUCCGUGGGUUGCAUUCAUGCAAGGCAUAUAUAAGUAUUGACAGAAGCGUCGGCUUUCAUUGUAUAUCGGUACAUAGCGAGGUGCACAUCAUUUUCGCGCAAGUGUGGGAAAGUGAUUUUCCGGAAUUGCAUUGCCAGCGCUUAUUGAUCAGUGAUUCGCACGAUUCUCUCGGCGCUUUUUGCUCUGAGAGUUACAUAUGUUAACUUGUGCUUUCCACUUUAUUGUUAGUUCACAAUAGACCCACCGUAAUGGAUUGUCGAACAGUGUUUUUGUUCAGCUUAGUCGUCCUAAUGGCAGUGCUUCUCAGUUCAACUGAAGGGCGCAAGAAGAAAGUAGUCAUCCACGUGCCCUAUAAAGUGAAGAAGAUUAAGCACACGCACACGGUGUACAAGACGAUACACCACCACCACACGCACCACGACCACAUAGACCCCCUUCUAGCGCACGCGCCCACAGAGGAGCACGAGCACUUCCACCACAUGCACCUGCACGACGAGGGUCAGCACAGCCAGCCGGUGCCGGGCAUCGGCAUCCCCGAGUUCCUGCCCGACGUGCCGCUGGACACGCCCGACGACCACGAUCUGCCUCUCCUUCCCAACCGACACAUCAUCCCGCUUUACAGAAGAAAGAACUAG